CUAUCCAUGUCCAAGCCAUAGCACUGUGAUUGCCGAAGCAGCAGGUUCCUUCAAUACACACCGGCUCGUUCCAACCGGUCAGCAUGGCUGCAGGAGUGGCGGCAUGGCUCCCCUUCGCCCGAGCGGCGGCUAUAGGAUGGAUGCCGGUUGCUACCGGUCCUAUGCCCAUUCCUCCCCAGGAAAAUAAGAAAUCCCAAGACCAGGGACUUAUCAUCCUCAACGUCAGCGGUCAGAAGUUCCAGACGUGGAGUAACACUUUGGAACGCUAUCCGGACACUUUACUGGGGAGCACCGAAAGGGAUUUCUUUUUCCACGAGGAAACAAAAGAGUACUUUUUUGACCGUGACCCUGAUAUUUUUAGACACAUUCUGAAUUUCUAUCGCACGGGAAAACUGCACUACCCACGCCAAGAGUGUAUUGCAGCUUACGAUGAAGAGUUGUCGUUUUUUGGGAUCAUACCUGAGAUUAUUGGUGACUGUUGCUAUGAGGAGUACAAGGACCGGCGGCGCGAGAACCAGGAGAGGCAGCAAGAUGACGAGGACGAUGAGAAAGAAGAUAUAGCUCCGCUAAACAUGACCUUCCGGGAGUACAUGUGGCGGGCUUUUGAGAACCCCCACACAAGCACCACGGCCCUGGUCCUCUACUAUGUCACCGGGUUUUUCAUAGCCAUCUCAGUCAUGGCCAAUGUGGUGGAGACGGUGCCGUGUGGAACCCUCCCCAACCGCGCCAAGGAGAUCUCAUGCGGGGACCGUUACGCAGUGGCCUUCUUCUGCCUGGACACGGCCUGCGUCAUGAUCUUUACCAUCGAGUACCUCUUACGGUUAAUCGCAGCCCCCAGCCGGUACAACUUUAUGAAGAGUGUGAUGAGCAUCAUCGACGUGGUUGCCAUCAUGCCUUACUACAUCGGCUUGGUCAUGACGGACAAUGACCAAGUGAGCGGGGCUUUCGUCACCCUCAGGGUCUUCCGGGUUUUCAGGAUUUUCAAAUUCUCCCGCCACUCUGCGGGGCUGCGUAUCCUGGGCUACACACUGAAGAGCUGCGCCUCGGAGCUGGGCUUCCUCCUCUUCUCCCUCACCAUGGCCAUCAUUAUCUUCGCCACUGUGAUGUUCUACGCAGAGAAGGGCUCCGCUUCCACCAAGUUCACCAGCAUUCCCGCUGCUUUCUGGUACACCAUUGUCACCAUGACAACGCUGGGGUAG